AUGCAUUUCAGCCUCUUUUCAAGAACGCCGGUUGAGACGCACACUGUGCAGAAUGGAACAGUGCCCCCCCCUAUUGUUUCACAUGACAACUCCACUGUUGGACCAAGUGCUGGGGACAAGGCUGCUGAUGCCUUCCGAAAGAUUCAGCAGGAACUUAUGAAUCAGAUUCACAAGAUUCCAUUGCCACCAUGGGCUCUCAUUGCUAUAGCGGUUGUGGGCGGGCUGUUGAUUAUCACCUGCUGCUUCUGUAUAUGCAAGAAAUGUUGUUGCAAGAAAAAGAAAAAUAAGAAGGAAAAAGGAAAAGGGAAGAAAAAUGAUCUCAGCAUGAAGGAUAUGAAGGGAUUUGGACAGGAUGAUGAUGACGAUGCAGAAGGGGGAUUGACGGAAGGAGAGGAAAAAGAAGAGGAAGAGAAGGAAGAGGAGAAACUUGGAAAGCUGCAGUUCUCUCUAGACUAUGAUUUUCAAAAUAACCAGAUACAAGUGGGGGUUAUUCAGGCUACAGAACUACCUGCUUUGGACAUUGGCGGCACAUCAGAUCCCUAUGUUAAAAUUUUCUUCCUACCAGACAAAAAGAAGAAGUAUGAGACUAAAGUUCAUCGGAAAACACUCAACCCCAUCUUCAACGAGACUUUCACUUUCAAGAUUCCAUAUCAGGAACUUGGGGGGAAAACCCUUUGCAUGUCCAUCUACGACUUUGACAGAUUUUCCAAACAUGACAUCAUCGGGGAAGUCAAGGUUGCAAUGAACACUGUAGAUUUAGGACAACCUAUUGAGGAAUGGAGAGACCUGCAGAGCGCUGAGAAGGAGGAGCCAGAGAAGCUGGGUGAUAUCUGCAUCUCUCUGCGAUAUGUUCCUACUGCCGGAAAAUUGACUGUCUGCAUCCUGGAAGCAAAAAAUCUCAAAAAGAUGGAUGUUGGAGGAUUGUCAGAUCCCUAUGUAAAGAUUCAUCUGAUGCAGAACGGGAAGAGAUUAAAGAAGAAGAAGACAACCGUAAAAAAGAAAACCCUGAACCCCUACUUUAAUGAAUCAUUUAGCUUUGAGAUUCCUUUUGAGCAGAUCCAGAAAGUACAAGUUGUAAUCACCGUUCUGGAUUAUGACAAGCUUGGCAAGAAUGAAGCCAUUGGCAAAAUCUUUGUUGGCUGCAGUGCCACAGGAACUGAGCUUCGGCACUGGUCUGAUAUGCUGGCAAAUCCACGACGUCCUAUUGCUCAGUGGCACCCACUUAAACCAGAAGAAGAGGUGGACCAGGCACUAAGCACCAAAAAAUAAGAAUCCCCUUACAUACAAACCCACCCAUUCCCUCACUCCUUCCCCUCCUACCCUCACACUGUAGUGCGGAUUCAGAGCUACCUGCACAUUUUACUCACCCACCUUUCUCUCCCGACCAUAAUGCUACAAGAACUGAUGGAAUACAUCUUGUGUGUACAAGUGGAAAUAAGCUGAUGAGGGGCUGGGUGACUACUUAGUAGACUCUUGCAACAAAACCACUCUACAGGAGAAGGGUUCCCAUUUGGAGUACAUUUUCCUGAUGGCAAUCAAACUCCUGAAGGGAACUGUGACUAUAUGGGGUGGAGAGGUUACAGGGGGUUGUACCUUUCAGAAUACUUCAUUUUAUGUGUUCUAGAAAAGGCAAACUUUUACACUGUGUUUCAAAUUGCUGGGCAUGUUCUAAAAUAACUACUUUACAGGUCUUCCAAAGCAAACUGGCUUGAAAAAAAAGUUUUGCAUUCAAGAACAGCUAGUUAUACAAAGCACAGCCAUUUUGUUCUCAUUUAAAUGAAAAUGGUCUUUAC